GUUUAUCCUCUCGUUUAAGACAAAAUGCCCAAUAUACAAAAACAAAAAUUCCAAAAGCAACAUAAACAAGCCAAAGCUUCUCAAAAUGUUUCUCAUCGCGCGCUCAUUCUCUCCACAAACUCAAUGUUAUUCUCUCCUUCCUCCGCACGCUUUUGUCCGUUUUUUUUUUCGCUUGCCAUAACGACUUUCAGUGCUUGGUCUCGCGUCUUUGAAUUAACAACUUUAUAAAGAAAACAGAACAACAAAUUCUUCGUUUAACUUUGUUGUAUUUUUUUAAAUAUUGUUUGAAAAGAAUAAUGUGAAAGAGAUAUGAGGAAAGAAGAAGAAUUUCGCUAAGAUUCUGUUGCUCCUUCAUUCGACAAUACAAAAAAAAAAGAAAACCUGAAUUGAAAUUGAAAAAAAAAAUUCUAGACAUCGUACACGACCUCAUUUUCCUCCACUGAUAAAUAAAAUAACAAUACGAAAAAAUACGGUGUUGCUGCAAAGUUGUAAAGGACUUUAAUGAAUGUGAGAGGCAUAAAAGAAUGUUUGCAAUUGUUAAAGAAUAAAUCAAUGUACAUGAUACAUAAAGUGAGUGUAUUCAGCCAACAUAGGAGUGAAAUUGGAUAUGUACGUACAGUUCUCAAGUGUAAUUAACUUAAGCAAAAAAAAUAAUAAUAAGAACAUGAAUUGAAAGUAAGAGAAAAACUCACACGUUCCCACACUCAAUUGUAUGUAUCGUUAAUAUUUAAGCGACUCUGAAUGGGAAAAAAAAUAAAAUUCAAGACGCUAAAGUUUAAAAAAACAGCAUAAAGAAAUUUCUUAACGGGAAACUUCGUCAAGCUUAAAGAAGAUCACAUAUUCAUACAAUCUAUGCCCCUUUGGAAAUUGGACUUGCAUAAAUUAAUUCUUACGCAUAUUUAUCCAAGAUUUUUCAGCCACGAAUGUGAAUUUCAAUCAAGGAAAGAAGAAGAAUCCAAAAAAAAAAGUCAAAGCAAAAAUACUCUUUUAUGUUGGUGCUGCGGCUGCUGUUUAACUGUUUUUCUGUUCAAAUCGACGAAUAUUUUUAUUGUGUUAUGCUCAAAAGGUUCUGGACGACGCAGUGAAAAUAUAAGAAAGAGAGAAGAAAAGAGUUGAUUUGUUGUGGAUGGCAUGAAGCAAGAAAGAAUAACGAGAAACCCGAAAUACCGGUUUUAAUCAUCAAUAGGCAAAAGGCACUGUGUGGAAUUUAUUACAGGAAUUUAAUAAUUAUUUAAGCGGACAUCCUUUCAUUCGGAGUGAUAAAUUUUCAUUUUUUUGAAUGAACGGGAGAUGCACUGGAUUGAUAAUUUAUUUAACAUAAUACUGAGCAGCAAGGCAAGGUGUUAAAUGUGCAAAACAUAAUAGAAAAACGUAAAAAGUUCAGUGAACAAUAAAAUGGUAUGUUAAGUAUGCUUGGCAUCUACAUCCAUUGAUGAAUCAUUAAAAUAAAUUGAAAAUUAUGUGGAAAUGGAAAUGGAUAUAAAUUGUUACAGCAUGUGAAAUUUAUGAGGGGUACUAGUGAUGAUUAGUGACCAGUUUGAUGGAUUUAUUGAAAAAAAAAUUUAUGAGGCAUAUUUUGGAGAAUCUAAUUAGUGGCUUAAAAAGCAGUUCAUAAUCAAAAGUUUAAGGAAUUUUCAUGCAAAUUAGUUUUUGGCGGGAAGAAUUCAAUCAAUUUACAAUAAGAUAACACUUAAUAUAAGAUCCAGCACACAAACAUCAGAAACUAUAAGAAAUCAAGCAUAUUAAAUAUUUAACGCAUGGUUGGUGCUUAAAAUAAAUAAAAAUUGAGUGCUAUUGAAAAAUGAAUGAACUAUAAAUGAAAGAAGGAAAAAAUCACGUACAGUUGUGCAUUUCACAUUGGAAUGCUAAUUAAUACUAAUUCAUAAUUCAAUUAUCUGAAUGAGAUUUGACAUUACGGUGAAUUUUAAGAGAGAAAAUAAAAAGUGAAAAUAAAUGUUAAAGCACAUCCAAAUUCCAUCGUCAUCAUCGGCUGUCGGUACACCAACAACAGCCACAACAUACGCACAGACAACAAGUACAAGAUCACGUCCACCACCGCCACUUAUAAAUCUUAAUCGAUCACAACAGCCGUUAAAUGUUUCGACUUUAACGACUGCAUCAAACAUCACAUCUAAUGGCGGUCCAUCGCUUCUACAAACAUACUCAAAUACACAUCAGACACCGCUGUUGACACAUUCUUAUCCUGAAACACAUCCAAAGCCAUUACAAAAUGGUCAUGCACCUCGAAUGUUUACACCUUUACCGACAUUUUCGACAAAUAGUCAACAGCAUUUACUUAAAAGCUAUGGCAGUAACCCUAAUAGUAAUAUUAAUAAUACAAGUAAUUCAUCAACAUCGACAUCAUCUUCAAAGAUCAUCAAACCUGAAAGUAAUGGAGCACGAGAAGCUCUUACGAGUUUAGGACUGUUAUGUUUAGUUUCACUUCUUCUUGCCUUAUUAUCGUUAAUAUUUCUAUUAAAAAUUUCACCUGGUACAAAACAUUUUCACAAUCCUCAACAAAAUUUGUUGGGCACAUCUGUGGAAGAAUACGCUAUAGUAUUUGAUGUUACAUUGGCUCUCUGUGCACUGUCAUUAUCGUUGAAUUUGUGCUGUUUACUUGUGUGCGCCAUUCAGUUCCUUUUUGCUGUUAAACUUGUUGGCGCGACACCUGCUGUCGGAAGAGAGAACAAAUAUCUCCAGAAAUCGAGUGUGUCUAGAGUUUGUGCGAUAGGCGGCUUUUUUAUUUCAAUUCCUAUAUUUUUAACAGGUAUAAUUCUCUACACUUUCACUCAGUUUCAUUCAACGCCGGCGAUAGUGACGAGUAUUCUAAUAGGAAUAGGUAUAUUGUUUUGUGGUGGCGCCAUGGUUCACAAUGUCUUUAUAUGGCAAAAAGAAAAAACGACAGUUUAUAAUUGCAUUAAACAGCAGCAGCAUCAAAUGCUCCAAAUGCAUCAGCAACACAAUCCACAACACAAUAGUUCAAUUCAUCAUACGACACAGCCAUCAAUAAUUUCGCGACAAACACCAUUAAAUUUAUCAUUGAAUUCGCCAAUAAGUACAAUACAUAAUCCGAUGACAAAUAGCAGCACGCGCGAUAUCACAUUGGAUCAAAUUAAUAAUCAUAGUUAUGUAAAUGGUGGAGGACUUGCGCAUAUUAAUACGACACUUAAUAAUACGCACUUAUCAUUAUUAAGUCAAGCAGCUGUUACUCCAAACUCUUAUUUUGGACUAAGAACUACACCACCGACACCGAAAAGUCAACAAUUGCAUAAUGGAUCGCCGAACACAUCGACGACGUUAGAUCAAUCGAGUAAUUUUAGAAACACUUCCGUCACAACUGCUCAUGAAUUAUCGACGUUAGUUUAAGAAAUAAGAAUAUGUAAAUUUUACAAUAAACAAAAAUUGUUUUGUGGCUUGUCUGAAGCCGAAAGAUAAAUGAGACAGACAGUAAAAAGAAUGAAUGCAAAAUUUUACCUAAAAAAGAAUUUUUUUUUUAUUAUUUUUAAAAU